UUAGAACCCGACGCGCAAAAGAUGAAAACCGUUCAAGUUAUUCUGUGUCUUUUCGUGGCGUCUUUGUAUGCCAACGAAACCUCAGUCUCCGACUCCAAACUCGAAGACGAUCUUUACAACAGCAUCCUCGUUGCCGAUUACGACCAUUCCGUUGAAAAGAGCAAACAGAUCUACGAGGACAAGAAGAGCGAAGUCAUCACAAAUGUCGUAAACAAACUCAUACGAAACAACAAGAUGAACUGCAUGGAGUACGCCUACCAGCUAUGGCUCCAAGGCUCCAAAGAUAUCGUCCGGGAGUGCUUCCCUGUUGAGUUCAGACUUAUAUUCGCAGAAAACAACAUUAAGCUGAUGUACAAGCGCGACGGUCUCGCUUUGACGUUGGACGAUGAGAACAGCAACGAUGGCAGACUUGCCUACGGCGAUGGCAAGGACAAGACGAGUCCAAAAGUCAGCUGGAAGUUCGUUCCUCUGUGGGAGAACAACAAGGUCUACUUCAAGAUUGUGAACACUCAGCGUAAUCAGUAUUUGACGUUGGCAGUUCAAACAACCCCGAACCAUAACCACAUGGCCUACGGGGCCAACAGCGUCGAAGGAUUUAAGGCCCAAUGGACCCUGCAGCCCGCUAAGUACGACAACGACGUUUUGUUCUUCAUGUACAAUCGCGAAUACAACGAGGCGUUGGUGCUCUCUAGGCCAACCGACACCUGGGGUAACCGCAUGGCGUUCGGAUACAGUGGCCGCGUGGUCGGAAGUCCCGAGCAGUACGCUUGGGGUAUAAAGGCUUUCUAAGUACUGAUUUCAUCGUUCACUAGAAUCCAGAGCAUAUGCUCUAUUUAUUUGUUCAUUAUUCAUUAUUGUUCAUUAUUGUUCAAGCAAUACAUUCUAAAUUCAGAUGAAUUGUAUUUUAAAAUAAUGGAAUUAUAUUUUGAAAUUUAGUAAUUAAUUUUUUUAUUGCCCUUGUAGGCAGACGAGCAUACGGCCGACCUGGUGGUGAGUGGUUACCGUCGACCAUGGACGUCAGCAAUGCCAGGGGCAGAGCCAAGCCGCUUUCUACCGUUGAUUCAUUAUUUGAUUGAUUCAUGAUAGUUUUAUUUUCACUACAUUUGUAUAUUUUUCAUCAAUGUGAACACGAUAGAGAUACGAGUCGUUAUGGAAUAAGAGGUCUGUCGAGAUAGCAAUGCCAUGUCGCACACACGGCUCAUAACAUUAAUGAUGUGUAUGGAGUGAACAUUACAAACGAUCGCAGGACAUGCUACAACUUCAAAUAGUCUAUUCCAUAAUUCACAUAAAAUGUAGUAACUUUGUGUAGUGUUGUAAAAAAAUUCACAUUUAAUAUUUCCCAAUGAACCUUUCCAUUCUUUGUGUACUAGUAGUGCUUUAUGUAUUACAAUCAAUGAACUAAUAAAUAAUAAUUAUCAACAAAAA